CACUAAUCGUCUGACGUCCAAUUGGGGGCCGGCCUCUAACAACCUUAAGCCUCUUCAUGUUCUGCAUUUUGGAUGCACCUCAGGAGGUAAUCGUUCGUGGGACUUCUAACAAUGCGAUUCCCUUUGUAUAUCUGUUUAUUGCUGGGACCCAUGGUACUGCUGAGCCAGCGUCCGUUGGUGUUUAGCCAGGGUUACACAACAGCCAACCGCGGCAACUAAAACAUGUAAGUGGAAUGAAGUUGAAGUUUACGCGCCCAAUCAUUAUCGCCAUCAGGAGCUGGUGCCACGAUCAACCUGAUAACGAACCCUUCUUUGCAACUGGCUGCCCUCUGAUUCAGGCGCAAGGUUUUGGAUCCAGGAACCCUGAGAAGAUCAUUCUGCACCCUGGCUAGGUCAACAUCAUUGUUUUAGCGGGCUUCCAGAACUAAACAGGAGAGACGCCGCGCAAUCUGAUACGAGGGUAGCUCCAGCCGCCAGGAAAGGAACUCUGUUUCAUUUUGCUUUUCCAUAUUCUACGAACCCCUGGCGACAUAUUCGAAGCUGGCGUAACCUCUAAAUCAUCUGCCAUCACUCGCGCCGUUGGCUUGUACCUCCCCGAUUCUAGAUGCGCCAUCUCUAGUCCAUUUCUUCGUCCCGGAUGCCAUAGGAAAAGACCAGCGUAGAAGACUGCUGCGAAAGAUGAAUGCCAAUGGAGUGCUGUACUCCAAAGAGGAUUUCAAACCGCCCAUAGUCUCGCCUGCGCCGAUUCAGGGUUCGGCUUUCUCAAAGCUCCCUGAUGAGAUAAUCGAGCAGAUUCUGCAGCUUACGAACCCGAAUGUUUUUGCAUCGUUGAUACUUUUGAAUCGAAAGUGGCGAACAGUAUCGCAGCAAGCCCAUCUCUAUGCCCACCAUUUGUCUCGGUGCCCUUCGUACGCAGCAGCACACCGAUCCUGUCCAAUUUCGGUGGAUGAGAAGAGUUUACCACACCUUCGUCGACUGUUUGCCCGAGAGACAAAGCGAAACUUAUUCGAAGCAUAUCUGCGACCUACGGAGACGAUCAUACAAUUAGUUUCAACAUCGAUAAGCUCUUCUUCAGCUCCAGGAGGGGAGGCUUUCCACUUCAGCCUGUCCCCGCGGGGUCACUACAUUUUGGCAUAUAGUUCCUCUCGAAUUCACGUCCUUGAUGUGACAGGGCCCGAGAUAGCAGUGAAGAGGGAGCUUAAGAUACUACGGAGGCCUGCAUCGACAACCAUAACAGACGAUGGUGUUACACUCGCCGUUUUGUCAACAGACCUCCAAGUUGACUUAUACGACUUGUCCGGAGAGCAUCCGAAGCACACUCGUGCUGUUGCUUUGGAUCAUACUCCGCGGACAAUAGCUUUAUCCCCAACAGGAUCUGUUCUUGCUGCAGCGUAUGAUUCUGGCGUAGAGGUGUCAUCUCUAGAUCCAAUUUAUGCCAGUACCGACAGACGAUCCGUGAAGUGCUAUGCUGCAGAUUCAUUAUCCUUCUCCAGAGACGGAACUCAGCUUCUUGGUACAACAAUGCAGUCUCGCAACCCAAGUACGGUUAUUCUCACGGCACCUUAUUAUGACCCUAGCGGCAGUUUACCUGAAGAUAGUGUAAGCUCACUUUGGACAACAUCGAUCCUUUUCCCAAAUGGCAGCCGGGAUUGCAGUCACGCAGUCCUGCUUCCUAGUUCAUCAGAUGGAGAGGUAACGUGGGCAUUUACUUACGAUCGAAUUCUGGAAACCUUCCGUACAGUACGCAUCGAUGACCUGCGGAAUGGAACCACAUACUUCACUGGGCCGAUUGCUGAGUCUGUGUCCACUUCAAGACUUUUACCAAGCACAUUACCUGCAGCAAGCGAAUCUGGAGACCUAGUCGCCUCGGGUUUUCAAAGUUCUAUCUGGCUCUACGGAGUCCCAGAGGAUUUAGAGGCAAUACCAAACACCAAGGAUAGUCUUACCAACAGCCCAGAGAGUGGAGUGAGUACACCCGCCAGUUACCUUGGGCGUCGCAAUAGUGCGCCAUCGUUGAGUUCUGUCUCCAGAACCAGGGAUAGCAUCAGCAGAACCCCACAGUGGCAGCUACUUGGUGAUAAAUUCAGAAAUACCUUUGUUGAAGGCCGCAAGGUUGGUUCACUUGAUCGCGUAAGUGCUUUGGCAUGGGUCAAUACUGACUCUUCCACUUUCCACGUGGAGAGACUGGUCGCCGUCGCUCCUGGCGUGGGAGGCUUGGAUACCGUAAUUGAAGAUGAUGGCAUGAAUCCAGUCGAUGGGGGCCGAAUUUCCAUUUUAGACUUUGCUUAUGCCCCGUCCGAUGGCGAGAAAAUCAUUAUUACUAUCGAGGUUGGAAUGAAUGAACCCGAGGUCUUAGAGGAGGAGCACAGAGAUCUAGAUGCAGAGGUUGCAAUCGUUAGGAGACGGACGGUCGCCCAGAGACGUGGGAACCGUAGCCACGUUUCCCGAUCAGCUUCAACGCAGCCUCUUUCUCCUCGUUCUGAUCCACCGGCAAUGCCAGUCCAAGAUAUGGGUGAUCUUUUCUCCUCUCGAAAUCCAAUUGCGAGGAGAGUUAGCCAGCAAACAACGUCGACUGAGAGAUCGGAGACGACAUCUUCUCUUGACGAGGAUCACGAUGCUUUUGAUGACCCUUACUCUCAUACCAAUCCGAGAUCUGGCACUACUCUUCGUCGUGCUGCUACUGCAGCUGCCGUAAACAGGAGAUUCCAUCCCCGGGUUGGUCAAGAACAUAUCGAGUAUCGUCGCGCUGAUGGGAGAGAGGAGCAUCCACAUGAGAGUGAUGCCGAUAACUGGGUGCCACCACCUCCUCCUUACACUCGGGAUCCUCUUCCUCCUCUGCCAGAACACAUCCAAAGAUCUCUACUGGCAGAGGCUGCUGCUGCCACUUUAGAGCGCUCAAGAACCCAUCGAGCUCCUAGCCUUGACUUUCCGGGAUUGGACUCAAGCUCAUUGCAUCGAUCUCACACGAUCGCAACUAUGGCAUCCUCCAGCACAGCGGAAUCUCGACGAGAGCGAUUUCAAUUUCAUAGAACGAUGAGCGACGACACGAACAUGAACUCGGACCGCGUUUCAUUUGAGGAAGAUCCCAGACCCAUGACUAGCCCAAGGGAAGAAUUUGACGAUCUGUACGAUGUUUCGCCUCAAGGGUCCCCACAGCCAUCCCCCCGUCCUCAAACAGCCACGAUAAAUCAAAUACCUAGAAGACCUGUAGGUGCGCCCUCGAAUGUACUUUCAAACCUGCCUGCACCAUCGACGCCUUCGAGCCCUCCGCCUGUAAUGCUAGCAACUUUAAAUCAGCCUGCUUCUCCUAUUCCACAACCUCCACAACCUCCGGAUAUGACAUCUGAUCGCGACAGCCACAGCGCCCCAACAACCAAACAAUAUCAGCUAGCUGCCCAUCUAGCACACAGGGAAGCCGUACCUGCCUCCACAGGUCACGAAAGAGCUCGAUCUCAAGCAUUUAUGGAAGUCGUUUCUGCAAACACAGGACAUGGGAUGGUACGAUCUGAAGGCGAUUCAAGUCAAGCGCAGAGUCUCAAUAAACAAGUCCCUCCACGACCUGAUGACAAUCAUCACCUCAAUGAGCUUCCUCCGCCAGCGCCGGUACCUCACGCCCAGCAGAGAAUCAUCGAGUCAUGGCAAAGCCCUCCAAGACGGAGCGAAACCGUUCCUCUCACUGCUUCGCCCCCACAAGAUAUGGAUUCAAAUCCAUUGCCAAUCUGGAGGAGAGCUGAGACUGCGCCAGUGACAGCUCAAGAUAGCAAUGCCAUCCCACCGUCCUUGGUGUUACCAAGCGCCGAUCAAGUUGCUCGUCUCAACAGUCGCAAAGGACGACCUAGGGGGCUCAGUGAUCCUCGACGUCCGUCAGGGGGCUCUCACAACAGGACUGCCUCUGGCGGAUCUACGCACAAUGCGCCCGCCAAACUAACGCCCGAACAAGCAUUCAAUGCUGGCCAGUCAUCACGAGGCCUGGCUGGCGCAUAUGGAUCAUCUCCACAACGCUAUAGCCAAGGACCUUCCCCACAAGGCAGUCCAUACUCAUCGUCACCAUCACGUCGGCCUAGCGGGAAUAACCACAAUCGCAGUCCUUCAGGUAAUUCAUCUAAUUUACGCCCCCCAAUGCCACGCCUGGAGACUAUUCACAGCCAGACGUCAGACCGCGGAGAGCCGUCGCCGUUCUUCGGCCAGAAGUCAACAAUGGUUGGAAGACAGCCCAGCCGAGCCGAGAGGAGUGCUGCCAAGAAUAUCAAGGAUGCUAAGAAGAGGGGAUGGCGUGCUAGCAUGCGAAAGGAGAAGAAGGACAAGUUUGGAGAUGGAGCAAGUAGUGCUGGGUGGACUGACGUCUCGAGGGAAUCGGGAAUGCCUGGGAAUUAUGGGGAGAAGGAGAAGAAAGAGGGCAAGUGUGUUGUUAUGUAGUGCGUGCAUAUAUACCCGAUUGAUUCUGAAAUUAGAGUGUGAAGUGCGCUGUGUUUUGCGGCCGUUGUGAACAUCUUCAUUGUAGUUUCUUCAAUAAUGAUAAACACUUGAUGAAUGC